AUGCGUACAUACGUUACGACAAAGGCGAAAGCAGGCGCUUUGGCAUUGCUUGCCGUGGCUGCAGUCUGCCAGCAAGCUUCCGCAUCCAAUCCGCGCCUGAACCGCAUCGACAUCGAUUUCGACAGCAGGAGCACAAGCGUAGACGACGCGUUGCCCCUUUUCACACGCGACUUUUCCGGUCUGUCCAAACGCCAGGGUAGCGGCGUCGAGUCGCCGUCAAACGACACGCAGGCCGCCAUUGCCAUCCAGUCAGAAACAGAUCCCAUCGCCGCUGCGCAAGCUGUGGAACAGAUUCCCAACGUGGCUGGUAAUGCUGCCGGCAACACCGAUACCACAGGUAACCUCUUGCAAGGAGAUGGAUACUACAACUUUCCGUGGAACAACAACACGUACUUCAACCCAAGCGCCGCCACGAACGGCUCCGAUACGGGUGGUUGGCAAGAGCUGCCGGACACCGCCGGCUUCACCUUGAAUCGCACAUUCACCGUCUACAACGUCUUUAAAAAUGAGUCGGGCGUCAUGCCCUUCUACAUCUCCAACAAUCCAGAUCCCACCAAGGUGCUUCGUGCCAUAGUUGUGUGGCCAGGUAAGCCACGCGAUAUUUGGAAGUACGCCAACCUCAUGUUGAACGCCCGAAGCGUCGCCAUAUCGGAUAACUUUGCGCAGCAAGGCGCCACCAACGAUUCGUUCCUCAUCGUUGCACCUGCCAUGAUGAAUCAGUUUGAUCUCUCCGCCGGCGCAGCUCGACCCAACGAGAUUGUCUUCCACGGAUCGAGCUGGCAGCGUGGCGCAGGCAGCGUCAACCCUGUCAUGAAGCACCGCGUCACCAGCUACGCCGCCGUCGACCAGAUCGUCGACCUGCUGUUCGACCAGAAGACAUAUCCCAACCUCAACUCAGUCGUCGUUGCCGGCCAUUCCAUGGGCGGUCAAGCCGCGCAGCGCUAUGCGCUCAUGAAGAAGACCAAGGCCUACGACGACAAUGUGCGCUUCUGGAUCGGCAAUCCUGGUUCCUGGGCAUGGCUCAUUGACUCGCGUCCGUACUUUAAUGACACGUGUCAGGCUGGCAAUCAGUGGGAUACCUGGCCCUAUGGCCUCAAUGGCAACCAGUCCAAGAUCACACCGUAUGCGAGAAAGGACGUCCUGGCCAACAAAACGUACGUCGUUGACCGUUUCCUCAAUCGUCAUAUCUCGUAUGCGUUGGCGCUCCUCGAUGUCGGUGCCGGUGACACACAUUGCCCGGCCCGAUGGCAGGGAGGCAACCAUUUGGACCGAGGUUCCGAGUUUGUGCUGCAGUAUGCCAACACCACGGCCUUCUACCUCCAGGGCAAGUUUCCACCAAAGCACACGCUCGACUACAUUGCCGGCGUCUCGCAUCAGGACUACGCCAUGUACUCGACAAACAAAUCCAUCCAGCGUCUCUUCUACGACGACCUGAUGGUCCGAUACCCUAACCUCACCAACACCACCAAUCCCGGCGACAAGCCCAAGAAGGUCAAGGGAGCCAAGGCAUUUGCAACGCCUGCGCACGAGAAGGUGGCCAUCGGCCUGCUGGCAGGCUCGUUGGGACUUAUUUUCCUCGUGUUCACGGCGCUGCCCAUCAUCUUUACCGCCGAUCACGUCAAGGACGUCGAUGCCUCGUGGGAUGCGCAGAGCUACUUGAGCUCCGAAUCUAGAAGAAUGCUUGUCGAUCGCAAGUGGUAG